UUAUCCAAUAUUUUUAUUUAAAUGGAUAUGAAACAACCAUUACUACAUCAGUUUGUUGUUAGUUAUAUCUGUGCCGUAGUGUGAAAAGUGCGGAUAUGAAAAUGAAACUUUUAGUGCCAACUUUAGGACUCGUGCUUUUCUCGUUGCAUGCAUUUGGCUGCGAGACUAACUGCUGCGGGCAAUCGACAGAAUGUUGCAAAACUUCGUCAAAUUGCUGCACUAAUUCUACAGAUUGCUGCCAAACAUCAACGAACUGUUGCCAAACCACGUCGAACUGUUGCCGACAAGUCAUGACUUGUUGUAACAAGUGUCAGGUUCGAUGUCGAACCUCAACAUGUACAGACCAGUGUAGAAAAGAUUGUUGUACCAGAGAUGCGGAUGAAUGUAAGGAAGACUCGAAGGAUAAGGUACCAGAAAAGGUUAUUGUUAAUGGAAGUAAACCAAGUGAAAAUCAGGCAAGUAAAACGAGUAACAGUAACGUUAAUGACAACAACCACAACAUGUCUGCGACAAUCAGCAUAAAUAAUAGCAUAAACAAUGAAAACCGUAUAUUUAUCCCAAUCAACGUUACUAAUAGUAAUACCAACAAUAUAGUCAUUACUUCUUCAGGGAGCCAACAGUCGCCAAAAGUAUCAACGACGUUUAGGCCACCACCAACUCCAACUGAGCAUACCUCACACCCGACGCCAGUAUCUCCUACAACAGCAUCGCCCACAACACCAUGUCCCACCCGUAUUGUGAAGGUACCUGUACCCAUUCCCGUACCUGGAGAAAACAGAUCAAUUCCUGUUCCUUACCCGAUACCAUUUCCGAUACCCCAACCCACGUUUGGCUGCUGCAUUGUAAUGAACCCGUGCGUCUCCUACGGCUGUCAUCCUUAUCACAGAACCUGCGGCGAGGAGUGUUCUCACGAUUUCUUGUACAGACCGACAGAUCCUUGCGGCGGUUAUUGCCACAAGAAGACGUUCAGCAUCAACAGACACUGUUCUUGGUCAGGACAGUGUCAACACAACUGGAUGGACUGUUCGAUGUGCGAUACGGACUUUUAUGAAAGUUACGACGGUUAUCAGCGGUGUGGGGGUUGCUUUUAUAGAUGAAUAAGGUAGAUAGAAUUUAUGUAGAUUUUAUUUAAUAGAUACUGUUGCCUUACUAAGAGUAUUCUUGUAUUUGACACACAUUUAGAAGCUCAUAAUCGAUUGCAGUUACGUAGAGACACAAUGAAGUAUUGUUUUUCAGACCAUA